AUGUUCUCUACCAUCACCUCUGCUCCCGCGAAGCAGUCUGUUAGCGAGACAAUAACCGUUCUCAGCGGACGUCUCAGCUCAGCUACCCUUCUCGAAGACCGCCGCGCUGCUAUUCUUGGCCUACGAAGCUUCGCUAAGGAGUAUCCUGCAUCAGUUGCAUCCGGCGCUCUGAGAAGUCUCAUCGGAAGCUUGUCAAAAGAUGGCGAAGAUGUCGAUACCGUCAAAGUGGUCCUGGAGACUUUGCUAAUGCUUUUCAACCCUAACCAAGAUAGUCCUGAGGCUUCUGAGGAGAUUGCUCUCUGGUUAGCAGACGAGUUCACUCAACGGCAGGAAAACAUAACUUUGCUCUUAGAUUUCCUCGAGACCAACGAGUUCUAUUCGCGCCUAUACUCUUUGCAGCUUCUUCUCGCUAUCCUCUCAGCCCGCACCGAAAGAACCGAAAUAUGCGUAUUUACCGCGCCUCUUGGUAUUUCUAGACUAGUCGCUGUCCUAGACGAUAGGAGGGAGGCUGUUCGGAACGAAGCAUUAACCCUCCUUACCUACCUGACGCCUUCGUCCCCUGAUAUACAGAAGCUCGUGGCUUUCUCAAAUAUAUUCGGCCGGGUUUUUACUAUUAUAGCAGCCGAAGGGUCGCUUUCCGAGGGCGAUAGAAUAGUUGAGGACUGCCUGAUUCUUCUCGCUAACCUUCUACGCUUAAACCCUUCGAAUCAGUCUUUAUUUCGUGAAGAGGCUUAUAUUCCACAGUUAGCAAAGCUUUUAGAGGGCACCUAUCGAACCGGGAAAGAGGGGGAGGAGGAUAUUGCCCAUUGGGCUCAGGAACAGCGGAACAGGAACAUAUAUGCUCUACUCGCAGUCAUCCGCCUCUUCCUCGUGCCUGGUGCUGUAGGAACAUCCCAAAAUCAGGCGGCCUUUUGGCAGCAUGGUGUCCUCUACCACGCCUUACAACUUGCUUUUAGUCAUGAUGCAGAGAUGUCUAUUAGAGCAGAGGCUUUAACUACUUGCGCGGAUAUUAUCAGAGGUAAUUCUAAGUUACAAGAAACGUUCGCACAACUGCAGGUCCCAUCGGUGCUAGAGACGGCACUGCCAACCAACGGACACACUGGGAAAGCAAAUGGUAUUCCGGCCGUCUAUGUGAUCGACGGUCUCCUAGAUCUUACCCUAAGCGUAUCUACAACUCAAGCGUUUGACCUGCGGCUAGCCGCAUGCCAAUGCAUUAAAGCAUAUUUCUUCAACCACCCUGAAGUUCGCCUACAUUUUCUACGCCGGGCAAUCGAGGGUCACGCAUCCGGCGUAGACGAAACAGCUAAUGUCCUAACUACCCUGCUUCGACCGUCUAAUGGUCCAGACUCGGUAGAUCCCUAUCGGCAUUGGUUUGCAGCCGUUAUCACAUUUCACCUGGUCUUCGAAAACGCAGAGGCGAAAGCCCUCGCAAUGUCCGUGACAGAAGGCGAUGCGGAUAGCGGUGAAGAAGUCGUAACAAGCAUUCAAACCAUUGCCGCUCAUCUCGUCAGCGGGCUGGCUAGAUCCGACGACGACCGUAUUUCUGUGGGUUAUUUGAUGUUGUUGAUAGCAUGGCUCUUCGAGGAUCUUGAUGGGGUCAACGACUUCUUAGGUGAGGGCAGCAACAUUCAAGCCUUAGCGCAAGAAGUUGCACGGCAUAAUUCAAGCAGCAUCAUUGUCCAGGGGCUAUGUGCUAUGCUCCUCGGGGUUGUCUACGAGUUCUCUACGAAAGACUCGCCGAUUCCUCGCUCGACUUUGCACUCUGUUCUUACGUCUCGGAUGGGUCGAGAUAGGUUUAUCGAUAUUCUAAAUAAAUUGCGAAGUCACCCUUUCGUGAGGGAUUUCGAGGUCAUCCCACAGAAAGCAGACAACGGGGGUAAUUUACCAGAUGUUUUCUUUGAUACUACUUUUGUGGAUUUCUUCAAGGACAAUUAUAGCCGCAUAAUAAGAGCUAUCGACCGUGACCCAGGCAUGGAGAUUUCAGUAGUAACCAACGGUGUUCAGAAAGGCAUAUCUCGUGAGAUGGUAGACUUACUACGAACACAAGUCGACGAAAAGGAACGAGCGUUACAAGCAGCCCUUGCCGAUAUGGCCUCUCUCAACGGGAAGCUUGGCCAAGAACAAGCUGACCAUCGUCGAACUAAAGAAGACACUGCUGCGGAUUUGGCACGAAUAAAGGGUGUUAAUGAGGCUAUUCAACAAAACCAUGCCGAGGAAAUCAAGAAAAUCGAAGCACAACAGCGAUCAAGAGAUGAGUCCUACCAAAAGCAAAUAGAAGCUGUCCGGAGGGAGGCAGCUAAAGCUGCAGAUACCAUCCAUGCCGAGUAUCGUGAGAAAGAAGCAGAAUUACAAAGACAGCUGGAAUACAUUCGAAAAACGGCUGAUGCCGAGGCGGCACGUAUUCAACGGCGAUCUGAGGCAGAAAUGGCAGACCUUCGAGCUACAAUUAGUCGUCUGGAAGUAGACCUCAUGAAAGCAAAUAAAGCAAAAACCGAAGAACUCCACACCGCCCAAGAAGAAUUUGCUGCCAAGCUGUCAGCUACACAGUCGAAGGCAAAGGCGGCCGAAGAGCGAUGUUCAAAUCUUGAAAAGCAGUUGUCGCAAAAGGGUAAAGAGUUAGAAGAGUCUCGCACGCAGUUAGAAGAAAAAGAGGAGCAGAAAUCGGCGACUCAAACCGAACUUGACGAUCUUCUUAUGGUCUUCGGCGACCUAGAAGAAAAGGUUGAGAAAUAUAAGGUAUGCACGCUUCCCAUGAAUAACCCCAAAUAA